AUGGCGGAUGAGGAAGAGGACCCCACUUUUGAGGAAGAAAAUGAAGAAAUUGGAGGAGGUGCAGAAGGUGGGCAGGGUAGAAGAAAGAGACUUUUUUCUAAAGAAUUACGAUGUAUGAUGUAUGGGUUUGGGGAUGACCAGAAUCCUUAUACUGAAUCAGUGGAUAUUCUUGAAGACCUUGUUAUAGAGUUCAUCACUGAAAUGACUCACAAGGCCAUGUCAAUUGGAAGACAAGGGCGGGUCCAAGUUGAAGAUAUCGUCUUUUUGAUUCGGAAGGACCCAAGGAAGUUUGCCAGGGUUAAAGAUUUGCUCACUAUGAAUGAAGAAUUGAAACGAGCUAGAAAAGCAUUUGAUGAAGCAAACUAUGGAUCUUGA